UCGAGAGAGCCCAAAUUGCCAGACGCUAUCAGCAUCAACGAGGUGAGAGCAGUUUUAGUUGGUUUGUUGAUUGGAGAGAACACGCACUACUUAAAAUGGGUGCGUUUUGGCGUAACAAUUUCGGUUCGAUUUUACUGCUAAUGGCGGUGAUCGUAGUAGGCGUUCUGGCGGUGAAUAAUAUGCCCAAAAGGCGACGCGAGCUGGAGCACUUGUUCCCGCUUACUUUGGUGCAUUUGAACGACUUCCACGCGAGAUUCGAAGAGACGAACCUCAAAUCUAACAAUUGCACCGUUUCGGAACGAAGUGCCGGAAGUUGCAUCGCUGGAAUCGCGCGGGUCUAUACGGUGAUUAGGAAUCUGCUGCACAGGUACAAGCACAAAAACGCCAUCUACCUGAACGCCGGCGACAACUUCCAAGGCACACUGUGGUACAACCUGCUGCGAUGGGAGGUUACGGCUGAGUUUAUUAAGAAGUUGCGGCCUGCUGCGAUGACGUUGGGAAAUCACGAGUUUGACCACACGCCGGCUGGGUUGGCGCCGUAUUUGGCCUCGCUGGACCGGGCACGUAUUCCCACGGUGGUGGCCAACCUGGAGCUGAACGGGGAGCCUGCGCUGUUGAAUUCGCAAAUUAGGAGGUCGGUUGUGCUGGAGGUGGACCGGCGCCGGGUCGGCAUCAUCGGAGUGCUGUACGAUAAAACUCACACGAUCGCCCAAACCGGAAAGGUGACCUUUUCGGAUGCCGUCGAAGCGGUGCGGGACGAAGCGGCAAGGUUGCGCAAGCGUGGAAUCAAACGGAUCAUCGUUCUGUCGCACUGCGGGUUGGACGACGAUAAACGGAUCGCUGCGGAAGCCGGAGACAACAUCGACCUGAUCGUCGGAGCCCACUCGCACUCGUUUCUGUACUCGAACGACACCGGUGCGCCGUACGAUGCCAAGACGGACGUCAUAGUGGGCGAGUAUCCGGUUGUGGUGCAGAGCAACAACACCGGGAAGAAGAUUCCAAUUGUUCAAGCGAUGGCGUUCGGCAAGUACGUUGGCCGAAUCACGGUCUACUUUGAUGAGCGCGGAAACCUUAAGUACUGGGAGGGAUAUCCGGUGUACGUGAACGGCUCGAUCGUACCGAAUGCGCAAAUCGUGCAGGAUAUGCAACCAUGGCGACAGAAGCUGUGGACGCUCGGAUCGACCGUGGUGGGUGAGACUCGAGUGCGGCUGAACCGGGACACGUGCCGAUCGCUGGAGUGUUCCCUGGGGAUUGUGGUGGCGGAUGCUUUCUCGGAUUCGUGGACAAACGCCACCUUUAAACCGCUGGCAAUGAUUCAAGCAGGCAACUUCCGGAACCCAAUUCCGGUGGGAUCAAUCACCAACGGUCAAAUCAUCGAGGCGGCCCCGUUCGGAUCCACUGCAGACAUGGUCAAAAUCAGCGGAAAGGACAUCUGGUCCAUGGCGGAGCACUCGUUCACGUGGGACAUCGAGGGCCGCACUAAUUGCUUGCAGGUGUCCGGAUUAAGAAUCCGGAUUGAUACCACCAAGCCAUUCUACAGUCGUGUGGUUUCGAUCGACGUUCGGGAUUAUUCCAACCCGAGCCAGGAAGUUUACAGUCCACUGAACCCUAGCGCGGAUUAUUACGCGGUUGUUCCGUCGUACCUGGCCGACGGCAAGGACGGCUUUGCGUGGAUGAAGAACGCAACCCGGCGCUGGUCCGGCCCACUCGAUUCGGAUUCGUUCACAAACUACGUAGCGAAGGUGAAAGUCAUCGACAAUCUGCAAACUGGUCGAGUUCAGGUUUGUGGAGUCAACUGGGACUGUGCCAACAAUGUUGCCUUGCCGUUAAACGACGAUGGAACUCCGAAAAAAGCUUGAAAAUUACCUUGUUUUGUUUUCGUAAAUUUUGUUCAAAUAAAUUCCCGUUUUGAAACUCAA